AUAACUACAGUAAUGAAGUAAAAAACUGUACUAAAGGUAUGUUUUAGACUGUAUGUUUUUAUUAUUCUAUUUUGUAAAAAUUCCUAACAAAUAUAGUUGUUUUUUUUAUGAUUUGUAAGGAAAGGGAUAGACAGACUGCGUUUUUCUCACGAGUCUUUACUUGUGCACAGAGCCUCACCUUAAACACACCAGUAGUGGUCACUAAUAAGCCUGGAAGUCCUCUAAUCUACACUAUGUGAUCGGAACGUGACAUAUGGUGCCUGUCAGCCUGAGAACAGUGCCAGUCAGGUCACCACACAGCAGGGGUUGAAAUGGGUAUCACCCUCAGUGACUGCCUUCUCAACUUUAUCCCAACUCUGCUGCACACUCCACACUCAGUUAAAUGACUUAGUGCCAAUCAGGAGCAGAUCAACAUGCUGACAGGUCAGGGUGUUAAUGAGAGUACUUUGGCGUUUUCCGCUGAGGCUGACAAAGGCCAGGUGGACAUGGGGAGUUAUAAAGGGGAAAGGUAGCCAAGUGGAGAUGUUCUCUGUACCUGUAUAGUCCUACAGGCCCAGUCCCUAGGCCCUUUUCAUCUGUAACUACAAGCUGCUCUGCUGCACUGAGGCCUCAAACACAGGUAAGCACGUUUCUCUCCAUUCCCUCGUGAUUUCAACUUUUUAAAUUUAUGUGUAUAAUAACCAGGAUGAAAGUAAAGAGUAGCACAAGCAGGGAUCUAUAAUUCAACCAAUCUACUGUGCCAAGGAGCCUGGCGUACAGCCAAGAGGGAUAGAGGAGUGGCAGGCCAGAUAGAGCACUCUGCCAAUGUUGUAAUGCCUGGCACAGGUGCAUUGUUAAAGACACUGUUAAAAUGAUUCAUUUUCAAUCCAAUAAUCUGCCGUACACUAUAAGAUGUCCACAAAAGUUCUAUAUAGCUUCUAAAUUACUGCUAAAUAUGUUUUUCACCUUGAAACAGGAGCUGAACUUCAAACCCGGGAGAAUAUCCAUCACAAAUGGGAUUUCACUAAUAACACUGAAAACAAUUCUGUAAUCUCGGACAGAUCAUUCCCAGUAUUGAGCAUCAUAGCUGCUAAGAUGGACAGCGAGGUGGGGACUGACCUUGAGGAUACCCCGACAGUAUCCACAAUGCUGAUUUUGAGACAUAGACCGUCUUUCUAGCUUGUAACAGAUGGUGCUAAGAUAAAGUAAGGCUCACGUGGGGAUAAAAGUAAAGCAAAAGUAAAUCAAAAUUAAAUCAUUUUUCAAUUUACUUCUAUAAGAGCUGUGUGGAAAUAACAUUAAACAUAACUUGGAUGGAUGGAAGAUCUCUAAAAUGCUGUUUGUAAAUAUGAACUAUGAAAUCAGAGGUAGCAUAGUUUUGGGGUAGACACAGACAGAACAUUAAAGUAGUAUCAUUACCACAUCACCUUAAGUGAAGAUCAGCUUAAUGAACACCAAGGUCAUCAAGAUGUAACUGUGAACUCGACCCUUUUCUUAAUUUAUAAUCUCGUCUACUUAGGCUUGUGCAAAUUUGUAAGAUUUGGAGACUUUGAGUCAGAUAUCAUCCAAUGACUUUUCUACAGACCUUGUUUCACUGAGGCGUUUCAUCCUGGCCUUUGAUUUCCAAUGAAAGAAUGAAUUAUUCAGUUUUCGGCUCACUUCAAAGCCCUUAUUUUGAGUUGGGGUAUUGCUGCGUGCCUUCUGUGUUGUCUCUGUGCUAUUAUACUCUCAAGGCCUGGAGCUAUUUCAGAGGAACACUGCAAAACAUCUAUAUCUAGAAAUAUUAAAACAAAGUGGUCUUGUAAUGCCUGAGUGUCAUCAAGAAAGGUCUGAUCAAAUUUGAACAUCGCUUCAUUCUUUAGCUUUAAACCACUCGGUCCAGCGGUAUUAAGUAUUAAUGGAUGGCUUUAGUCUAACUCUUUGUCUUUGAAACCUAACAUGAUAAAAAUUUGACCAGAUGUGCGCUAUUCUGUGUGAACUUCUCUUUUUUUUGCUUGCCCAAGAGGUCUCCCUCCUAUGGCCAGGGUACCAUGGGCAGUGUCAAUGAUGCUACUGCUGAUGCUCUACUCCCACGGGGUGUCCUCGGCCCCCGCCCAGCACCUCUGCGGCUCCCACCUGGUGGACGCCCUCUACUUUGUAUGUGGAGAGCGGGGCUUUUUCUACAGUCCAAACCGACCCCACAAGAGGGAUCUGGAACAUCUGCUCGGGUUCCUGUCUAAAAGGGCCAGACAGGAGCAGCGGCUGUGGAAGGCUCUGUCUGGCCGUGAAGAGCCCAAGGUGAAGAGAGGCAUCGUGGAGCAGUGCUGCCAUAAGCCAUGCAGCAUUUACCACCUGGAGGGCUACUGCGACUGACUUGCCACCUCACAACUAGCACCACUCAUAGCCUGUAAAAAGGUCCCGAAGUCAAUUUCUGGCCCGAUACUUGCUGGCUAUGUCUUAUCAACUGAAGGAAAUAAAGCUUCAUGACCCAUAACCCAAGGCUCCUCUCUGCAGAGAUGUGAAUUUGUGUUCUUUGUGGCUGGUAUACAGUGUGGAUGAAACAUGGGCUGCAAUGGCCUUUUGCUUAGCUCCAACCUGUGGCUGCAGUCCUACAGUGCACUCUACUGGCAGAGGACAGACAUGACUGAGAAGAUCCGAGCAACAGAGGCUUAGUUCAUAUCAUUUUUAUGUAAAUAACUCUCAGUAACACUUUUGUUUAAGAGGAGAGUUAAAAUCUGUCUUUAUUUACAAAGAUGAAAGGUUUAAAAAGAGCUAUUCCAUAUAAAAUGGUCACUAGAUCUGUUGCCCUAAGAGUUGCUGAGAAAGGUACAAAGGUUAAAUUUCAAAAUACAUUUUAGAGUUAAAAGCAUCUUGCAUUUUUAUGCCAACUACACUUCUGUGCUCUGAAUAAGACUUGCAUCCACCUAUUUCUAUAUGUCCUCAUUAUUUUCACA